CGCGGUGCACACAGCUCAGCCCCCUCCCUCAUCCCUAGUAGCUUGCGGAAAUCUAAGCCCGAAAACUUUACGGGAUAAUUUUUUUAAUGCGUAUUUUUCCUGAGAGUGCCAUUCGUGAAUUGUUAUCUUGUGAAACAACGAAAGAUAAAAUGACUACACGUCCAACAGAAUGGACCAAACAUUUGCACGAAACGGCAUGAAAGAGCCGCUAACAUGUUACCCGGCUGCAAGUUUGCUUUACCGCUAUUCAUCAUCAUUCUGCAACAUUCAGAGAUGAAACACUUCGGAUAUAGUCAGCACUAUGCUCCAACACUUGAUGAGUCCGAAUUUCACAGUAGAACAUCGAGGCAUCACCUUAGACACAAACAUAAGCAUAACCCAGAAAUCUUGGACCAAACUUUUGUUGCUGACAUACCAAUAUUUGCGAAUCUAAAAGGAGUGGGUUUUAUCGACAGAGAGUUCAAUGAACCGGUAUUUAAGAAUGGUAAGGACUGGUUGAACAUGUCUAGCGACCAGGUUGGAGAGAUGAAGGACAAGAAACACCAACAUUGGCCAAUUAAAAGAGAAGCAGUUAUUGAAGGAGAUUUGGUACUGGGUGGUUUGAUGAUGGUGCACGAAAGAUCUGAUAAUAUGACCUGUGGUCCUGUGAUGCCGCAAGGAGGAGUACAGGCUUUGGAAACUAUGCUAUACACGUUAGAUAUCAUUAAUAAUAAGCAGGAGCUAAUACCAGGCGUGGUGCUUGGAGCGCAUAUCUUAGAUGACUGUGAUAAGGACACGUAUGGAUUAGAAAUGGCCGUAGACUUUAUCAAAGGUUCAAUAAGCAACAUCGAUGAUGCAGAGUACGCUUGUAAUGCGACCGCUGUGCGUAAAGUCAUCUCAGGAGUGGUAGGUGCAGCAUCCAGUGUGACGUCGGUGCAAGUCGCGAAUCUGCUGAGACUGUUCAAAAUACCGCAGGUUUCUUUCUUUUCCACAUCACCGGAGCUGUCCAACAAAGCCCGUUUCGAGUACUUCACUAGGACAAUACCUUCAGACCUUCACCAAGUGCGAGCGAUGGUGGAAAUCGUGAAGAAACUUGGCUGGAGCUACGUGUCUAUUAUUUACGAGGAGUCCAGUUACGGUAUUAAGGCAUUCGAAGAACUUGAAGCGCUUCUGGCUAGAAAUGGCAUCUGCAUAGCUGUCAAAGAGAAGCUGGUAAAGGACUCUGGAGUUGCUGACGAGAAGGCAUAUGACACGAUUGUCCAGAAAUUGCUGACUAAGCCCCGGGCUAGAGGUGCAAUAAUCUUCGGUUCUGAUCAAGAAGUGGCUGGUGUAAUGAGAGCGGUGAUACGUGGCAAUGCCACAAGCUCCUUCAGCUGGGUGGGGUCUGACGGCUGGAGCGCGCGGUCUCUGGUGUCCGAAGGCAACGAGCAGGCAGUCGAAGGGACCAUCAGCGUCCAGCCGCAAGCGAAUGAUGUGAGGGGCUUUAAAGAGUACUUUUUGAACCUGAAUGUGAAGAACAAUAAGAGGAACCCUUGGUUUGUUGAAUUCUGGGAAGACCACUUCCAGUGCCGCUACCCAGGUAGUCCCAGAACUCCGUACAAUGGGCAGUAUUCCAAGACCUGCUCUGGACUUGAACGCCUUACCACCGAGAACACUGAGUUUGAGAGGCAAUUGCAGUUCGUUUCUGAUGCUGUGAUGGCCUUCGCUUAUGCUAUACAUGACAUGCACGACGCGGUGUGCGGGGGAAGACCAGGGUUGUGCGACGCAAUGCGGCCGGCGAGUGGCGCUGAUUUACUGCGCUACCUAAGGAAAGUCAACUUUACUGGUGUGAGCGGUGACGAGUUCCACUUCGACAGCAAUGGCGACGGUCCAGCCAGGUAUAACAUCCUGCACUUCAAGCAAGUCUCACGAGGAACAUACAGCUGGGUUAACGUUGGCCAGUACUUGGAUGGAGAACUUCAACUACAUAUCAAGGACAUUCAGUUCAAGUGGGGAGAAAGACAUCCACCGGAGUCAGUGUGCAGCGCGGAGUGCGAACUCGGACAAGCCAAGCAGUACGUGGAGGGCGAGAGUUGCUGCUGGCACUGCUUCAACUGCACUCAGUACGAGAUCCGGUCUCCGUACGUGGAGACAGCAUGUAUGGUGUGUCCGCGCGGUACGUUACCGGAUCUAACCAGGACGCAAUGUCGACCGAUCCCUGAAGCGUACUUAAGACCUGACUCCGCGUGGGCGAUCGGCGCUAUGUCGUUCUCAUCUGUCGGAAUAUUACUGACUGCAUUUGUCUGCGGAGUGUGGGUUAGACACAGUUCGACUCCAGUAGUGCGUGCGAGCGGGAGGGAGCUAUCCUACGUCCUGCUCGCCGGUAUCCUCAUGUGCUAUCUCGUUACAUUCGCCCUGGUGUUCAGGCCCACGGACAUACUUUGCUCUAUUCAAAGAUUCGGCACCGGUUUCUGCUUUACGGUCAUCUACGCCGCUCUUCUCACCAAGACAAACAGGAUCUCCAGGAUAUUCAAUGCCAGUAAACAUUCAGCAAAAAGACCUAUCCUCAUAUCUCCAACUUCCCAACUAGCUAUAUGCGCUGGACUUGUGUCCAUUCAGGUACUUAUAGUGGUAGUCUGGAUGAUAGUGGCCCCAGCCAGAGCGAUGUUCCACUACCCGACCAGAGAAGACAACAUGCUAGUUUGCGACUCCUACGUAGAUGCUUCAUACAUGAUAGCGUUUUUCUAUCCCAUCGUACUAAUUCUCAUCUGUACUGUCUACGCCGUUCUCACCAGGAAGAUACCGGAGGCUUUCAACGAGAGCAAGCACAUUGCCAACGGCCAACCCCUAACACCGACACCGUCCGCCCGAAGCUGGAAUAACCUCUUACGGCCUGGCCACGGGGAUCGGCGGUGCGAACAGCGAAGCGGUGGACGAGGCGACCAUUCGCGCAGCACCGUUUGCAGGCCACGGGUACUCACGUUCGCCGCCGCGACUAGUAAGGAUGUCCGACAGCGAAAUGUCUAUAUCGAAAUUAUCUCGAUAUUGCUUACAAAUUAAUAGCUUUUUGGUUCAGGACCUAUUAUUUGGAAAAUAUUGUGAAGUACAUGAUUUGAAUAAGAAUCGGAGUAUACCUAAAGAUGGAGAAUUCCACAAGAAGUACGAGAAAUACUUUGGGUGGCUAGACUUCCAAAUAGCUGGUCUAGCUAGUAUUUCAGCUAUUUUUUUUUUAUUGCUUAGAUGGGUGGACGAGCUCACAGCCCACCUUGUGUUAAGUGGUUACUGGAGCCCAUAGACAUCCACAACGUAAAUGCGCCACCCACCUUGAGAUAUAAGUUCUAAGGUCUCAAGUAUAGUUAUAAUGGCUGCCUCACCCUUCAAACCGAAACGCAUUACUACUUCACGGCAGAAAUAGGCAGGGUGGUAGUACCCACCCGUGUGGACUCACAAGAGGUCCUACCACCAGUAAUUACGCAAAUUAUAAUUUUGAGGAUUUCAUUUUUAUUACACGAUGUUAUUCCUUCACCGUGGAAAUCAAUCGUGAACAUUUGUUGAAUACGUAUUUCAUUACAAAAAUUGGUACCCGCCUGAUAUUCGAACACCGGUGCAUCGCUCAACACGAUUGCACUGGACGUCCGUUAGGCCACGACGACUUUAAAAAUAAAAAAUAAAAAAUAAAUAAAAAAAUAAAAAAAUUUCGGCGUUAAUUUUUCGCGGCGAAAACAACUAAACUCAUUUAAUCACUGUACUAUUCGCCGCGACUACCGCUCGACUCCGUGGCUCGCGCCGUCCGUAUUCAUGCAUUUGUUUUGCUCGCCCGCCGCAUCGCGCGAUUCGCUCGGUACAUUUCGCCGGUCGCUUCGCCGGUCGCCGGUGCGCGUGGCUUGUUAGGUACAUUUCUAUGCGCUUGUUUUAGUCGCUAGACGCUUCGCCGUUCGCACCGCGCGAAUAUUCGUAUCGGCGAAUGUCCCGUGGCCAGGCUGUUAGGCUACCAGCCAAUAGGUAGGGAAAUUCAUUCGCUACGAAUGUUAAGAAGUUAAUUCUGUGUAGUCAUCCUGGCCUAAAGGAUAAGACGUCCGGUGCAUUCGUGUUGAAUCGAUGCACCUGUGUUCGAAUCCCGUAGGCGGGUACUAAUUUUUCUAAUGAAAUACGUACUUAACAAAUGUUCACGAUUGACUUCCACGGUGAAGGAAUAACAUCGUGUAAUUUAUUACACGAUGUCACGAUUAUCAAACCCGCAAAAUUAUAAUUUGCGUAAUUACUGGCGGUAGGACCACUUGUGAGUCCGCGCGGGUAGGUACCACCGCCCUGCCUAUUUCUGCCGUGAAGCAGUAAUGCGUUUCGGUUGGAAGGGUGGGGCAGCCGCUGUAACUAUACUGAGACUAGAACUUGUAUCUCAAGGUGAGUGGGGCGUCUACGUUGUAGAUGUCUACGGGCUCCAGUAACCACUUAACACCAGGUGGGCUGUGAACUCGUCCACCCAUAUAAGCAAUAAAAAAAAACUUUUUUUUAUGUUCUUUUCAAUUAUUAUUUUUAUGUCGUACUGUUAACUUUUCAAUUUAACUUAUUUUUCCGCUGUUUGUAAAAUAGCUGUAACAUGUCAUAGUGUGUCAUAAGAGACUGCUGUUCAUGUCUGUAACUGGCUUACAUACCAGGACUUAAUAUUAUACUUUUCAAUUUUAAACUUGAAUGUUUUGUGUGUAUUGCUGUUGGUGUAUCUAAAUAAAUAAUUACCGAACUGCAAAGUAGCAUUCGCGGCAAAAAUAAACGGAAUUAGAAUAACCAUAUUGGUUUACAAUAUUAUUCUAAAAUAAAUAACGAAAUUUAAUCAA